UGAAAAAAACUACGAACCGUUUCUGUAUCGUCGCCCCAUCAGAGAGAAAGCCCCUCUUAAAACAGUGAUUUCUAAGCCGUUUAAUCGAUGUAACAAUGAGGGAUUCAUCUAGUAAAGCAAAUCAAAGUGGAGAUGAAAUUCUGAAGAAUUUCCUUUCAGGAGGUAUGGCUGGAUGUUGUGCUAAGACUGUUAUUGCUCCUUUGGACAGGGUUAAGAUCUUGCUACAGGCCAGACAUAAACACUUCCAGCACUUGGGUGUUUGGUCUUCAAUAACGGAGGUAGUGGAACAUGAGGGAUACCGUGCCCUCUAUAAAGGCAACGGAGCGAUGAUGGUUCGGAUAUUUCCCUAUGGAGCCAUCCAGUUCAUGACUUAUGAAUGGUGUAAGAAGAAAACCAAAAUGAAGCUGUUAUCUGGAUCUGUCGCAGGGCUAGCAGCCGUUAUCUGUACCUAUCCCCUAGACAUGGUUAGGGCUCGUCUGGCAUACCAGAGCAGAGGGGAGAUAAAGUACAAGGGGAUUAUACACACCUUCUACACAAUAUGGCAUCACGAAGGUCAGUUCAAGGCCCUAUACAGGGGAGUAACUCCAACACUCAUAGGGAUGAUUCCAUACGCAGGUGCAUCUUUCUACACAUAUGAGACAGCCAAGAUCUUCCUAUUGACCAAAGGCCCUCCACAGUUCUCCAAACCUAUACCCAACAACCCCAGCGAGAGAACACUCACCAUAACGGCAAAUCUUUGUGUUGGGGGAUUAGCAGGUGCAAUAGCUCAGACAAUCACAUACCCACUGGACAUGGUUAGAAGAAUAAUGCAGUUAGGCCACAUGGUACCAAAUUCAUCUAACCACAUCAUGCAGAACCUGAAGACUGUCGUCGAGAAGCACGGAUUCUUAGGACUAUACCGGGGUCUUAGCAUCAACUACAUCAGGGCAAUACCAACCGCUGCAAUCUCUUUCACUGUCUUUGAGAAGACGAGGGAGUUCCUUAAUGACACAUUCCCUCCCGCACCAAGCACUAAGUCAUGACGAUGGUGACUACAUCAAGAACAUUACCGGUCACUGUAAUCUCUUUCUUUGUCUUUGAGGAGAUGACGGAGGCCCUUCUACCAGCAGUAAGUCAUGACGAUGGUGACUAAAUGUACAUCAAGGACAUUACCGGUCACUGCAAUCUCUUUCUCUGUCUUUGAGGAGAUGACGGAGGCCCAUCUUCCAGCACUAAGUCAUGACGAUGGUGACUAUAUCAAGGACAUUACCGGUCACUGCAAUCUCUUUCUCUGUCUUUGAGGAGAUGACGGAGGCCCAUCUUCCAGCACUAAGUCAUGACGAUGGUGACUACAUCAAGAACAUUACCGGUCACUGCAAUCUCUUUCUUUGUCUUUGAGGAGAUGACGGAGGCCCAUCUUCCAGCACUAAGUCAUGACGAUGGUGACUACAUCAAGGACAUUACUGGUCACUUCGAUCUCUUAUACUCUCUUUGAGGAGAUGAGGGAGUUCCUUGAUGCCAUUUUUGUUCUCUCGUCCAGCGCUUGGUCAUGACAGCAGUAAAUACCUCAAGGCCCUUUAACACAAAGCUCAGCAUGUGGUUGUAAAACUGAUUGAUUGUUUGCAUGAUUAAUUGAUUUGUACAUAGUGAUCACUUUGCAACAUGGCACAAUGGCGAGCAAUGAGUGACUUAGCUUUGUGUUUAAUACAGGGCUUGGGAUAACAGGAUCUGUGCAGUCUGUCCUGUUUAAAAAUGAUGGGGUUCCUCAAUGCCAUAUUCCCGUUUAAAUCCAGUGCCUAGUCAUGCCAAUAGCUGCAACAUCCUAUACUGUCUUUGAUGAGAUGAGGAAGUUCUUUGACCACACAUCCCCCUUCCCUGGCAUCUAUUACCAACCACAUAAGA